AUGGGGAAGAUAACGAAGCAGAUGCAGCCCAAGCAUGCUGAGACUCUGUCUCCAUGGCUGAAGGACUUCGUCACGUCGGCAUGCUCGACACCCUUACCUCUUCUCCCAGACCACCUGUCCAAGUUCCCGACAAGAUGGCCGUUCCCCAGAGGUGAUCUUUACCACUGGAUCCCCCUUCUCAACCGAUUCGACAAUAUUCUGGACUGCUUUUGUACCACCUAUAACCUCGAUCAGGGCCCUCAAGGCCGUGAUUUCAGCUGCGAUCUACUUCUCAACAGAGGUACCAAGACCGAAUCAUACGGUGACGAGACGUGGGAUGGGGAGCGACUCUCCAAGCUGGGCUACAAGGAAGAUGGCGAUAGACAGCUCAUCGAGGCUGUUCUCAACUUCACACGGGUGCUUCUGGAGCACUGCGGCAACCGGAGCAUCUAUUCGAGUAGCAUGGUCCUGAACAAGCUACUCAACACCACGGUUUUGUCCGUUCUGCUGGCUACUCUGCAGGUCAGCUCCGAGCUAGCUCAGCGAUACCAGGCCUCGGUCAAGCGUAUAGGAAGCGCGUCCCGUACCGUCAGCACUGCACUGCUGGGGAACCACUACCAAAUCGAUCUCGAUCGUGUCCAGAGCCUCGCUCUGCCAUUCGCUAAGACUCCCAUCGUGAGUCUUUCGGACUCCUUGACAACUGGCACGCCUACCUCGGCUACCAAAGGGAAGGAAAAGGCCCAAUCCUCGAGCCAGAAAAACGCCGCCGUUAUGUUUGCCAACGACUUGGGCGCUGUUCUCACGACUGACAACAGCCGCUGGAACGGUUGGGGUGACAUUAAGAUUUCCUACACCGCGCCUUCAACAGCCCGCGACCAACCUGCCGUCACAGCCUCCGACCGUGUCGCAUCCAGCGUUCCUUCCACCCCUACCCCUUUGCGACGCAGCACGACGGCCGGUUCACAACAAAACACCCCUAGAUCAGCUCGUCAGCCCGCUGCUGAUGAUACUUCGCCUUUGGGCGUCCGAAGCCCUGGUAUGUCGAAUGAACAUGCCAACUCUAGCCAGAGAGUCUUCGAUCUACCACAGUCAGUAGUGGCUGCUACUCCUAUUUACGAUUUGCUCUCAAGAUGUCCCGCGGAUAUGCCGCCUUCCGCAAAGUAUGAGGUGCUCAAUCGGCUAAGAGUUGCCAAGGCUCUUCUGGGCAACGCAGAAUCCAGACAGCAAGCCCUGGCUAUUAGACUGUUGGCCAUCACAAACCUUGCCUACAUCCACCCGGAGACCACCUUUGUUGAAAAGGUCUUACGUCAUGACAACGAUGAGACCAGACGUUACCAGCUCGCGUAUCAGUUAGCAGAGCUUAUCCACCCGCCAGCUGACGGCUCUAUACAAGUGCCACUCUGGCUCCAGUCCAUUGUUUUGGCCCUACUUGAGGCGAUUUCAAACUAUGCCGCCCGAUACCAGGAUGUCUUAUCUGCACUCAACGCUAAUGUCAACCACGGUAUUCUCCUCUAUGUCAUUCGGAAGGCAGUCGGAGGCAUGAAGACCGACGAGCCUGAUCGUGGUCUCCAGAUCACCGAAAUAGAUCAGUGGCGGACGAACCUCUUCUCCCUAACCACUCACCUUGCAAUGUCCACUAGAAUUGGCGCUGAGAUGGUUACCGCUGGUCUUAUGGACAUUCUGGUGGAAAUCCUGAAGAUCAGAUCUGACGUUGCCCAACGCAACCAGUCCAUGAUCCUUGCCUUUAUCGAUGGCUUGAUUUGGUCAUACCAGAACGCUUUCCAAACCUUUUUCAGUGGUUCUGGCCUCGAUGCCAUCUCUGACUUGCUGGUCACCACCGUGGCCGAAGCGAAGCAGCUGGUCGAGGCUGGCCAAGGGAACAAGCCAGAGCAUCGCAACCAGAUUGUGGACUAUGAGAUACCAUACAACCAGCAGCAAACUCUGAAAUGGGUGCUCAAAUUUGUCCAUCAUAUGAUGACCAACUCUUACAGCUAUGGCGGCAACACCGAUCGGCUUUUACGUAAUCUCGUGGACAAGUCAGAGCUGCUUGGAAGUCUCAGAGAAAUUAUGCAGAACACUAAGCGCUUCGGUUCAGUGCUCUGGACGAACACAGUGACAGUUCUCAGCGAUUUCAUCAAUAACGACCCCACGAGCUUUGCUGCCAUCUCCGAAUCCGGCAUGAUCGUAAGCUAUCUCGAGGCAAUUACUAGCCACUCUGUUACCAACCAACCAGCCGUUCAGCCUCCACAGGGAUCUGAGGAGCAAGAGCCCGCAAACCGCGCUGAAAACGAUGAUCAUAGCAGCCCUGAUCCGUCCGACGCUUCCAUUCAGAUUGAGUCCGACAGUCGUUCCCACCCACCUCCUGAGGAGGAAUUGGCUGCCUCUCAUGACCGCCCACUGGCUAAGGGUAUUCUUCCAACCUCUGACGCUAUCAACGUUGUACCGCAAGUGUUGAACUCCAUAUGUCUAAACAAUGCUGGCCUGCAAAUGGUUGUUUCAUCACGUGCCUUCGAGUCCUUCCUGGAGAUUUUUGAGAGCCCAGCCCACGUCAACACAAUGGAGACAGAUCCGCACCUUGCAAGCAACGUCGGAGCAAGCUUUGAUGAGCUUGCUCGGCAUCACCCUCACCUAAGGCGCCCAAUCUCGAACUCUGUCGUUGAUAUGGUUGCCAGGGUGAGGUCCCUAGGUGUUCAUAAGGCCAAGACUGCCAACUGGGGCGCCAAAUUACUUCUCAACAACGGAACCCAGAAGCCUGUUCCCGCUGAUGAAAACUUGAAGAGUCGCCUCGAGACCGCCUCCACAUCCAAGGACAAGGACAAGGGCUCCCGUGAUGAUGUGGACGUUGAGAUGUCUGAUGCUGCUGAGUCGUCACAAAAGGCAGAGAAGCCUGCGGGCACAAGUGACGAGUCAUCCUCGUCUGCCACCGCAUAUGAUGAUAUCACGCCUUAUGUUUACGCUCUAUCUAGCUUUCUUUCUGCCUACUUCAACAACAACACGCUCAAGGCCUUUUUCAUCAAUCACGGAGGUAUUGAGCUAUUGUUGGACAUUGCUGAGCUGCCCAGUCUUCCGCAUGACUUUUGCGAAUCGCAUGCGUCCCGGACACUGCAUCUCGUCAUAUCACAGCUUGUCGAACAGUCUCCUGUUCUUGGUCUUCCUUCUCUGCUCAGGCGUGCGCAAGCAUCAGUUGAAACGCUCAGACCCCUAGCCGUGUACAACAAGGACACUCCUUACUUCGGCCCAUUCCUUAGCCCUGAUGACAAGAUGACAGUUGAGCAGGUCCGAAGCCUUGACGCGGAAGCACAAGAGCGGGUUUUCCAGGGCACUAAGAUGGUUAAAGCUUUGCUCAACGCACAAUCAUUGAUUAAGACGCUGUACGAGUGUUUUACCUCGUCUCCGAGGUCCAACUCGGUUCAACUGUAUCCCAUCAAUGUCUUUGACUAUUAUCUGGAUUUGGUGAAGUCUCUGGGGCCCCUUCUCAAGGCCGUGUUGGCCGAGGAAGGUGCAGAGCAUAAUGUUCUCCCCCAACAUUGGUGGGCUAAGAGGCCAGCACCCGGGAGCGAUGUCAUGGUGUCCUUUGAAGGGCCUUCCGGAGCACAGGCUACAACGGAGGUUGACACUGGUAGUGCUCCCGUGUCGGAGGAUGUACCGGGCUCUGGGAGCGGGGGUGUUCAGGCGACAAACCCCGGUAUUCAGCACAAGGUCCCUAGCAAGCAGGAGCAAACCACACCCAGAUACCGCAACUAUGAGACUCUCCGUCUUCUCCUACACUCGAUGGUGCCGUCAACAUUCCCUUUCUUCCAGCAACUUGGCAAGGCUCUCUUCCCGCGACGUGAGCGAGACCCCUACUCUCGACCAAAGCACAUAGACCUCGCCAGGCAGCUUUCUGGUACCAUUCUCGACCAGCUGAGACCCUCUGUUGCUUUAACUGAGCCCACGGCGAAGGAGUACCAUUACUGGAUUAUUAUGCUUCACACAUUGACGGAGAUGCUUAUGGAUUCUUCUCGGUCAUCUGGAGACCGAUCCUCAGUUCAAGUGGUCGUGCCAGUAUUGAUUGCCUUUUUGGAGCAAGGUGGUUUCGACGUGCUCACUCAAAUGGUGCGACGCUUCUCGACAGAGAUCUGCAAAGAGACUAGCGAAUCAGAUGCGGGCACCACUGCGAGCGCGAGAGUCGCCUCUUUUGGCCUCGGUAAGAUUUUCGAGUUCUUUGCCGCGCUCGUUAAUGGCAAGAAUAUCGCCGAUUCUACUGCUCAAUUUGGUCUUCUCCCCCGAUCAACCGAGAGGCGUCCCGAGUCCCCCAUAGCUCACCAAAUAGUUGUCGAGGUGCGCAUGGCAGUGCUACCAGUGAUCCGCGAGACUUGGGAGUCUGCUCUGAUCGAGAGACUGCGACCUGAGUCAGUAGCCAAAAUUAUCGAAAUCCUCAAGAUUAUCUCCACCGCCGAGCACGAAACGUCCUCUAGAGACAGGCCCGUACCCGAGGUCUUUAAGAAAACCUCGAUCCAGUUUAACUGGCCACUUCACAGCCAGCUGAUCACUCAGUUACUCGAGGAUGGCGCUGAUGAGGAACUGGCCCGGGAGGCGGUCUUUAGAUCUAACGGCAACCAGCCGUCUGCGACGGAAUACAGCCGUAUCCACAAGGCUGGCAAAGCCGGACCACGUAACCCUAUACCCCCAGAAGACGCCUACACCCCAAACCGUCCUGAUCUAUCACGACCUUCUAGCCAGCAGGAGGUGUCUCCUCCCGUCGUCGCUGCCGCCGCCACCGCCGCUGCCGACACGGAUGCAAUGGCAGUUGAUGCCGCACCCGACUUUAUAUCUGGGGCUGGGGCUGUAUUUGAACGUAUGCUUGGGGAUUCUGUCCUUGGUGACUUGAGCGAACGGACUUCUCCUGAGGGCGCCGGCAAUGGUACCGACAGCCCUGCUGACGCUGCUGAGGCACAGGACAGACCUAGUACCUCUACGCCAGCAAACGCCGCUGGAGACCAAACAAAGACCGAGAGUCGCCUGACGGCCAAAGAAGACUUGGACAAGGAACGGGCCAAGCUGCGAGAGAAUCUCAUUGAUAGAUCGCUUGAUAUUGUCAGAGCCCACCCGCACUCGGCUAUCGAGCUCUCUGAGCUUAUCAGUGCCAUGGUUUUCCGCCAGCAGAAUGACGAAGUUCGAGACGAAGUUGGUGCUACUUUGGCCAAUGCUUUGACGUCUCUGUCGUUUGACGACAGUGAUUCCAAGUCGAACGGAACAAGCAUCGCCGCCUACGCUCAUCUGUUAGCUCUACUGAUGCAGGAGAAGAGCUUCUUCAAAUGCAACAUUGACACUUUGCGUGAGAAGGUUGAUGAGUACGUCUCGUUCCUCAACUUGAAGGUUCUCCCCACAUCAAACGAGGAGCUGCCUCCCUGGAUUCCCUACAUUCUGUUAAUUGUUGAGUUGCUCUUAUCAUAUGACGAGCAGCCUGUGGAGGCACAGUGGAAACCACCUGCAAGUGAGAACGAAGCUGUAGCAGCUCCAGUUCUGCCUCCACGCAAUCCGAUUGUUUCGGACAGUCAGCGGAACGAUCUCCUAGAGGCCAUCCUUCGUCUGCUACCUGUCCUCGGAAAAGAGGAGACUCUCGCAACUUCUGUCCUUCGAGUGAUUGUCAUUCUUACUCGGCAACCAGCUAUUGCGCAAAAGGUCGGCGAGAAGAAAAAUCUCCAGCGCUUGUUUGUCAUGGCGAAGCAGCUUGCAGGUGCCGGCGCUGCUCGUUUAAAAGAGACGAAGACCACUGGCAGCAUCAUGGCAAUUCUCAGACACAUCGUGGAGGACGAGGAUACUCUGAAGCAGAUCAUGCGCGCCGAGGUGCGCAGCCUCUUUGAAAACCCCCAGCGUACCCAGAGAAAUCUAGAUCUCAGCACAUAUUUGCGCAACAUGGCACCGCUUGCACUGCGUUCGCCCGAUCUUUUUGUAGAAGUUACCAAUGAGAUGACGAAGCUCUCUCGUUGGACACCGGGAAGCGAAGGCAGUACCCGUGCCCACCAGCUGGCACUCAAGGAGCCCGAAACCGAGACCAACGCUAAUAUUGCGGACAAGGACACGAGCGUCGAACCCGCAGUACAAGCUACAGAGGAUCUUUCCAUCCACGACGUCAAGCAAUCAACAGAGGCAGACGACAAGGAGAUGGCCGAUGUACCAAAGCCAGCGCAUGAACUGAAGCGCCCGAUGGUCGAGAAUCCCCAUGGCAUCAUUCACUUCCUUCUUUGCGAGCUGCUCAAUUACAGAGAGGUAGAUGAUAAGGAGGCUUCGCAACCUCCUAAAGAUACGAAGGUCGUCGCGUCGACCAGCGCCCCAGCUGCGGAGAGCGCGUCUCAAGAUGCGGCCGCGGAAGGCCAGGACGCUGCUGACAGUAAAGACAAAGAUAAAAAGUCCUCGAAGCCCAUAUUCAAGGCGGAGGAUCAUCCGAUCUUUAUUUACCGGUGCUUCUUGCUCAACUGUCUUGCAGAACUCCUCCAGAGCUACAAUCAAACAAAGGUUGAGUUUAUCAACUUCAAGCGGAGCGCCCCGUUGCAAACAAACACGCCUGUGAAGCCCCGGUCAAGCGUUCUCAACUACCUCAUCAACGACCUUCUUUGUCAAGGCAGCAGCCUCAGCGACAAUGGUGACAGUAUAUUAUCUAAGAAAAAGGCGGCGACCUCUGCCCAGGCACAGCAGGUAUUAGUUUCACUUGUAGCCAAAACUGGAGAAAGGGGGGUCGACAAGAACCGGGACCGAUUUGAAUACGACGAGGAACCUGACCUACUCUUCGUUCGCAAAUUCGUAUUGGACACCAUCCUCAAGGCAUACGAGCGUGCUGCUACACCUGAGGAACCUAUUGACACUCGUUACGCUAAGAUGCAGUGCCUUGCUGAGUUGAUGAACCAUAUCAUUGGCGAAAAGGACAAGGAAUCAACAUCUCAGCGAGCACUGGAUUCCCCACAGGGCCGGUCCCAGGCUCAACUGCGCAGGAUGAUGUAUGAGAAGGGCUAUCUCGACAAGCUGACUUCAUCGAUUGCUGAAGUUGACCUGAGUCACGCUGGCGUCAAGCGUGCCAUCAAGUAUGUGCUAAGAGUGCUCCGAGUGUUGACAGACACAGCCAAGGAACUGAGCCGCUCACACGUUCUGCCUUCUACAUCCCUUCCCGACAAUGCGGACGACGAAAUUAUCUCAACUUCGUCAAUGUCGGACAUGAGCGAUGAUAGAGAAGAAACUCCGGAUCUCUAUCGCAACUCAGCCUUGGGCAUGCUCGAACCUCGUGGAAGCGAUGACGAAUCGGAGGAUGAAGAUGAAGAUGACGAUGAAGAGAUGUACGACGACGAGUACGGCGAUGAGCUCGACUAUGGCGAAGAGGAUGUAUCUGAUGACGGCGAAGACGGCGUCAGCGAUGAAGACGAGGAGCUCGGCGAAAUGGGCGAGAUCGAGGGUCUCCACGGAGACCCUGGCGUUGUUGAGGUCAUCAUGGGUGAAGAUGAUGAUGACAUGGACGAAGACGACGAUGAGAUGAGCGAAGAUGAUGAAAUGGACUCCGAUGACAUGGACGACAUGGACGACCAUCUCGACGUGGUUGAAGAGAUCGUCGACGAAGAUGGCAAUCCUAUCGAUGACGACGGCGCCUCAGGUUGGGAAAGUGAAGACACAGAUGACGACGACGAUGAAGACGACGUCGAAGACUAUGGUGCCGAUGUUCAAGACGGAGAUGAGGUCCACAUGCACGGUAUGGAACCUGGAGAUAUCAUUGACAACCUUGCCCGAGCGGUUAUGGACCCAGAAGAUUACGAAGGGGACGACAUGGACGAUAUUGGAGAUCACUACAUUGAUGAUGGACGUGACGAAGAUGAUGACGAGGAUGACGAUGAGGACAUGGAUGAAGACGACCUCAUCUACGAGGAGGAUUAUCCCCACGAUCACCCGCCCCCUAAUCUCCCGGCAGCCCUGGGCUGGGACACGCUCGUUGUUGAACCGUUUGGUGGUCAUCCCCAUCAUGUCCACCGCCACCGACAUGGGCACCGCAGUCCAUUCCCCCCUGGUUUUAUGGUUGGCGGCGGCCGGGAUCCACUGGGUGAUUUCAGAAGUUACUUUUCGCCCCGGCACAGGCCCAGCGCGGUACCCAACAAUGCCGAUGAUGGUGUCAACCCUCUACUGCGCCGAAACGGCCAGGGCCGGGAAUCAUCCCCUCGUCCCCCUCCGGGCUCUGGUAUGAUAGGUCUACGCCUGCCUCCUGAAAUCUUUGGCCCUGUAGGAACACAGCUGUCAAACAGCCCCAUUGCCAUUCUGAACGAUCUUGUCGCCUCUCUUCCGGUGAUGCGCCAUGGUCAAUCCGCGGUUCACCUUUCCAUAACUCAGAACGGACGGGGAGAAGUCCGCGAGUACCACGUCGCACCCCGCGAGCCCAGAGCAGACAAUCGUCGCGAGACUACAUACCACGAACCUCAACAGGCUGUUGCGUUUACCCCUGAAUCGACUUUUGAACGAUACCAAGAAGAAGCCAGGAUGGUGUUCGGCGGUGCACACUUUGUGGAAAAGGCUCAGAAGCUCAUCAACAUCAUUCUCUCCAAGCUUGUUCCUCCGGCUAUGGAGUUUGAGAAGAAGCUCAAGGCCGAAGAGGAAGAGCGACGCAAGAUUCGUGAGGAGGAGCGGAAAAAGUUUGAGGAAGAGGCACGACGCAUCAAGGAGGCUAAAGAAGCUGAAGAGAAGGCGGCACGUGAGAAGAAAGAGGCCGAAGAGCGUGAGCAGCAAGAGCGGGCCGCUGCCGAAGUUGCGGCUGCUGCAGGCGAGCGUGACGCGGCAUCUGCCCAAGAGACCCAAAGACAAACCGUCGAUCCUCACGCCAUGGAGGGCAUUGAGACGCAGGUCCCUUCUGCACCCUCUGCGCCCCCUGUUGACAACGAGGCGGCCGCCGACGGUAGCCGGGUCUUGACAACCAUUAGGGGGGAGGAAGUAGAUGUCACCGAACUUGGUAUUGACCCCGAAUAUUUAGCUGCUCUUCCGGAGGAGUUUAGGGAGGAAGUCAUCGCCCAGACGGUCAGCACUCGACGCUCACAAGCCCGCGAGGUCGCUGCCACUGGUGAACAAGGUGAAGUCUUCCAAGAGUUCCUUGACGCUCUUCCUGAGGAUCUUCGACUCGAAAUUGUUCAACAGGAACGUCAAGAAGCGCGCCGGCGGGAAAGAGACGAGCAACGGCGCCAGGUAACGACUGCAGGUCAAGACCAGAUUGCGGUGGACAUGGACCCGGCCAGUAUCCUGCUGACAUUCCCUCCGGAACUGCGCCAACAGGUCCUUAUGGAUCAAGGAGAAGAUAUAAUGGACCAUCUCCCCCCUGAAAUGGCUGCCCAGGCCCGACUUCUUGCUCAGCAGCACGCCGUCCAUCCUGCUGUAGCAGGCAGAAGCCCGCCUGUAGCUGCGCGACGAACGGGUCCGCCGCAGCCAGAAUCUGGAGAAAAUCAUGAAAACAAGGUACAGCGCCGGACAGUGGUCCAGAUGCUCGACAAGGCUGGAGUCGCCACGCUACUACGCCUAAUGUUCAUCUCUCAGAUUGGUUCUAUUCGCAACUAUCUCUUCAGCGUCCUGGCUGAUGUCUGCGAAAACCGACAAAACCGCCUCGAGGUCAUCAGCACUAUUCUUCUGAUUCUUCAAGAGGGAAGCACGGAUAUGGACGCUGUUGAGCGCAGUUUCAGCCAGCUUUCUCUCAAAGCUAAGAAACCCAAGGACAAGGAUGCGGACCCAAGAACCCCUCAGAACCUCAAGCGGACUCUGACUUCGCUCAGCGCCUCUGGACACCACCAGUCGAAUUCGGAGAUAUCACCGCUGAUGGUUGUGCACCAGUGCUUGGAUCUGUUGCAGGAUCUGUCCACGAAGAACCCGCAUAUCCCAAUGCUCUUCUUAACGGAGCAUGAGACUGUCGGAUCAUCCCUUAAACGUACCCUUAGCCGGAAGGGCAAGACCAAGGAUUCAAAAUCCCACAAGUAUGCGAUCAACUCUUUGCUCACUCUCCUCGAUAGAGACUUGGUAAUGGAGAGCUCAGUGGUCAUGGCCUACCUAGCCGACUUGCUCAACAAGAUCACUGUGCCUCUCGCGACCAUGGAACGACGACGCAAGGACGCGCUUGAGAAGGCUGCUCGCGACGCGAAGAAGAAGGCUGCAGAAAACGCGGCCGAGGCUGGUGAAGCCACUACGUCAACUGAGCAACAGACAAACAGCGAAGCAACUGGCGCCACAGUCACUGCUGCCGCCGAAACCAAGGAUCUCAAGUCGGCCAGUGUCUCAACAGGUGAGGAACCAGAGACCUUGAAGAGCCAAGACGCCAAGUCGGAGUCAAUCCAGAAAGGACCGCGACAAAUGCAAGUCCCGGUAAUCCCUCCACAUAACCUUACGCUUGUCGUCAAGAUUUUUGUUGCUCGCGAAUGUAGCUCCAAGACUUUCCAGAACACCAUCUCGGCCAUCAAGAACUUGUCUGCCAUUCCUGGCGCCAAGGCCACUUUUGGACAAGAACUGGUUCGCCAGGCUCGUCUUCUGAGUGAAAACAUUGUUACAGAUCUUGAUGAGCUCCUUCCGCACAUCGAGAAAGCUACCUCUGGAACUGAGAUCCAAGGUGUCGCGCUUGCCAAGUUCUCGCCCGGGGCAUCUGAGCAAAACAAACUUCUCCGUGUUUUGACCGCUCUGGAUCACUUGUUCGAUAGCAAAAAGAAGAGUGACAAGUCCGACGAAGAGGCUGAGGCAAUCAAGAACGAAAAGCAGGACCUAGUCACCUCCUUGUACCACAACUCCACCUUCUCGACCAUGUGGGAGAAGCUGAGCGCUUGUCUCAGCGCCAUUCGCCAAAGAGAGAACAUGGUCAAUGUGGCCACCAUCCUGUUGCCUUUAAUUGAGUCUCUCAUGGUCGUUUGUAAGAACACCGCAAUGAAUGAUGCUCCGCAAGCUCAGAAUCAGUCAAGCAAAGAGAUGUUGCUCUCUAGCCCGCCCCCAGAGGACCGCAUGGCUGGUCUAUUCUUCACUUUCACGGAGGAUCACCGCCGCAUCUUGAAUGAGUUAGUGCGAAACAGCCCCAAGCUCAUGUCAGGAACUUUUGCGCUCCUCGUUAAGAACCCGAAGGUGCUUGAGUUCGACAACAAGCGGAACUACUUCAACCGAAGUGUACACAGUCGGUCCAAUAAUAACCAACGACCAUCGUUCCCCGCGCUGCAGCUCUCUGUCCGUCGUGAGCAUGUCUUCCAUGACUCGUUUAAGUCGCUUUAUUUCAAAACUGGCGACGAGAUGAAGUACGGCAAGCUCAAUAUACGAUUCCACAAUGAAGAGGGUGUGGACGCUGGAGGUGUCACUCGCGAGUGGUUCCAAGUUUUGUCCCGGCAGAUGUUUGACGCCAACUAUGCACUCUUCACCCCUGUUUCCUCAGAUCGCACCACGUUCCAUCCCAACUCACUGAGUGGCAUUAACGACGAGCACUUGAUGUUCUUCAAGUUUAUCGGACGCAUCAUUGGCAAGGCUUUGUAUGAGGGCAGGGUCCUUGACUGUUACUUCAGUCGUGCAGUCUAUAAACGCAUCCUCGGCAAGUCCGUGUCUGUGAAGGACAUGGAGUCAUUUGACCCAGACUAUUACAAGUCAUUGGUAUGGAUGCUUGACAAUGACAUUACCGACAUCAUCACCGAGACUUUCUCCGUUGAGGAUGAUGAAUUCGGCGUUACUCGCACCAUUGACUUGUGUCCUAACGGCCGUGACAUUGCCGUUACCGAAGAGAACAAGCAUGACUACGUCCGAUUGGUCGUGGAACACAAACUUCUGUCCUCGGUCCGGGAUCAGAUGGAACAUUUCCUUAAGGGGUUCCACGACAUCAUUCCAGCUGAUCUCAUCUCCAUAUUCAACGAGCAGGAACUAGAGCUGCUCAUCUCAGGCUUGCCUGACAUUGAUGUUGACGACUGGAAGAGCAAUACUGAGUACCACAACUAUAACCCGUCGUCACAGCAAAUCCAGUGGUUCUGGAGGGCGAUUCGGUCAUUUGACAAGGAAGAGCGGGCUAAGCUAUUGCAAUUCGUCACUGGAACCAGUAAGGUACCUCUCAACGGUUUCAAGGAACUGGAAGGCAUGAAUGGUAUCAACCGUUUCAAUAUCCAUCGUGAUUACGGCAACAAAGAGCGCCUUCCCAGCUCUCAUACAUGCUUCAAUCAACUUGAUCUCCCCGAGUACGAGAGUUACGAAACACUUCGGGCACAGCUCAUGAAGGCCAUUACGGCGGGAAGCGACUAUUUUGGCUUUGCAUAA